AUGACUCGUGCUCACUUUGAUAAACUCCUGGACACCAAAACCCCGAACAUGAAGGCCCGUGUCGAAAAGAUGCGCGCUGCUAUCAACACCCCACAGAUUCGCGCGAAGACGGAUGAGGACUCGUCAGAGGACGAGGAAGACGAGCUCGACAACCUCCUUAACAGUCACGACGAGGAGCGCGAUGUUACCCCAACCCCAGUUCACCCACAUCAAGUCACCACCCCUACGGCCACUCCCCUUAGGCCCCUUCGAGUCUCUUCAAGCAUUCCGCCGCAACCUGAGUUCCGCGGACGCACGCCUUACCGCGCCCUAAUCGCCGACAAGAAGCAACAGCAGCGCGCUCCCUCGCCAGUGGCCUCGGUGUUGUCGGAAUUCGGAACUACUCACAAGCACAAGAAGGUUAUGUUCGAGAAGCCGGACAAGUGGCAUAGAGACAAGGACAAGGAUACUAUGCUGUUUACGGAGUGGAAGCAGAAGAUCAACAAGCACUUCCAGUACGAGUCGAGCCACUAUACCAACAUGGAGCAUUGCAUCGACGCUUGCGUAGCUCAGACCAGUGGUCUAGCCUGGAAGAAGCUGCAACCUCGAGUAAACACCUCUGGCUUUAAGUCUGUCGCCGAAGUGCUGGAGCUUCUUACCGUGUUCUACGGCAAGCACUAUAAAGACUCUUACAUACAGAGGAAGUUCUGGAGUCUUAAGUUAGCUGAGAAUGGAGAUCUCGAUGACUUCCUGUCCGAGUUCGACGAGUGCGCCAUGUACGUCGAUCAAAACCCCGAGCAGGAGGCUUACCACUUAACACGCGCGGUUAAGAACAGCCGCUUUGGCCAAUACCUGAUUAGGCGGUCUUUCACCACCGCCGAGGAGAUGAAGUCCUACCUGCGCCGAAUCGACAUCGACCUAAACCGCCAGAAAGCAAACGAUCCCUCCGCUGCCGCUAGCGGCAAUAGAGGCGGUAGUCGCACCCGCAACAACAAGGCUAAGGACAAGUCACAGCCGGAGCGCAGCCUCCUUAGCAGCAUGAACUAUAGCAUGACCAAGGCCUACGACUAG